AUGAAGAAUCACAUCAUCACUAUCGUCCUGCUCGCGCUCGUCGCGUUCAUCGCCACUCCGAGGAUCGUCAGCCUGUUGAAGGGACCUGCGGAGACACCCACGAUCUUCGCGGCAGGACUCACCCUCGAUCAAGCGGUGGAGCAAUCCGCAGCGACCGGGAAGCCGAUGCUGGUGCUCGUCACAGCGGAUUGGUGCCCCCCAUGUCAAGCACUCAAACGCGGGGCGCUGAUCGAUCCGGAGGUCGCUCAGUGGGUCCAGGACAACAUGAUCCCGGUCUAUCUUGAAGAUGGUACGAAUCCUGAUGCGAUCCGCAUGCUCCCAGUCCGCUCCUACCCGACGACUCUGGUCAUUCAGGAAGGCAAUAUAUUGGGUCAGUUCUCAGGCAAUAUCUCGGCAUCCAAGUUCCUUUCAAGCAUCCAGGACCUUACAUCCAAAUCUUGA